AUGGCUGCGCCGGGGGCGUCCUCAGUGGCUGCGAUGGUGACGGACAAGGGGAAGAAAGUGGAGACGGAGACCGAUGCAGCGAGAGGAGUGGAAGCGUACAUUGGAAGUCUAAUCAGCUUGAUUACAAAGUCGGAUAUUCGAUAUGAAGGAUUCUUGUUUCAUCUCAGCCCGCAGGAGUCCAUCAUAGGCUUGAGAAAUGUAAAAUCUUCUGGAACGGAAAGACAAAAGAUGGAUGGUACCCAGGUUGCACCCAGUGACAGACUUUAUGAAUACAUAUACUUCCGAGGGACCGACAUUAAGGAUCUUCAGGUUAUCUCUUUUCCACCUGUUCAGAGUACACCAACUUUACCUGAUGAUCCUGCCAUUAUACAGCCACAUCAUUCUCACCCACCAUCUACAAAUAUCAGUUUGGCUUCUUCAAGUGCCUUGGUAGGUUCAAAUCCUAGUUCCAAUUCUCAUUUGGGAGUUAAUGUUCUGCCACUUGAAGGAAAUACAGCUCCCCGUCGAUCCAUGGAGUUAUCUGACUCUUGGGCUUCAGUAAUUCCUCUUCCACCAGUAAACAUAAAUGGGCCUACCAUGCAAAGUUAUUGGCCUGGAUUUACUGGGUUGCCUGGGGAAAAAUCUCAUCUUCAGCAGAUAACUUAUCCGCCGCAACCCCAAGGUUUAUUGUUACCAAAUUCAAUUCAGCAGCAAUUGCCACAUCCGAGUGUGAACGCAUCCUUCCCCGGAAAUGCAUUAAAUUUCAUUGAACUUCCGCAGAACUUGUUGCCACCUGCUUGUUUUGGUUCUGUGAAUUUAAUAUCUACAUCGCCACUGCCUUCAACUGUGCAAUAUAGCCAUAUACCUCUUUCUACAUUGUUUUCCAAUCUAUCCUCCACACCAAUGUCAAGUAACAUUUCCAAUGCCCUUCCUACAGAUCAACCCCUUUCGAUGGAAGUGGUUGAUUCUGGCUCUGAAAAAGAGCCUUCGUUGGUAAUCGCUUCCAAUGUGAACUCUGCUGUACCUCCAUGUAACAACCAAGCUCAGUCCUUGCUUGGCCCUGCUCCAUUUCCAUUGAUAUCCAAAUUCACAUCAAGUUUUGUGGGUUCAUCCACCACUCCUCAUGUGAGGGGAUCAAAUGUAUCUCCUACAAUCCCAGGUUCAUUUUGGGAGCGAAGGCCAGUAAAUGCAUCGUCUCCUCACAAUUGUACAGAUGGGAACAGUAAUUUAGGAUCACCAUCCAACCAUCAGCCAUCAGAUUCGCAGAAUAUUGAAGAACUAGCAACAGAACUGCCAAAAUCACCAGCUCGAAAGCUGUAUGAUCCUGCAUCAUCAUCUCACCAUGGUAGCCAGCACCAUGGACAGAUUUAUGGAGAUAUGCAUCUCCGGUACCAGAGUAAUAGAGAUCGUAUGCUUGGAAGGGGUCAAGGAAAUUUGCUGAUUGGCACUGCUUCAUACCGUCACCAGGCUCCUAGAGGCCAGGGAAGAGCGAAUGCGCCAAAUGCUGCUGGACCAUAUUAUCGCCGCCAUGGUGGGAGUCCUGCAUGGGGAAGCAGUGAGGCUGACGCCAACUUUACUGAGGAUUUUGACUUUGAGGCAAUGAAUGCCAAAUUUAAUAAAAAGGAGAUCUGGGGUCUUCUUGAUAAAGCCAAGCAAGGUGGAUCAGAAGAUAACAAAGAAGAUGAAAUAGGGCGUAAAGGAAAAGAAGCAGUAGAUGAAUCUAGAAAUGGACUGCCGAAGCUAGACAAUAAGCUAGACUGUCACUUCCUUUUCCAGAGCGCUUACUGUAAGGAUGACUUCUUUGAUUCACUUUCAUGCCCUACCCUGGAUGGUGAGUCUUACAGAGGGAAGGUUUCAGAGCUUAGAAAGACAGAUGACGAGAAAAUUGGCGAGAUUCUGCAACAUCGAAGGGAUCAUGGCAUUCAGGGGCCAUAUAGGGGAGGGAAUUCACAGGGUUCCUACCGUGGUAGGGGGUAUUACAAUGCAGGAAGAGGCCGUGUGAAAGCAGCUUGGAGCCGUGCAACUUAA